UGGCCAAUGGUGAUGCUCAGGAGAUUAUUCAGACAACUUCUAAAAAAAGAUCCCCACUCAGUUACACACUCACAGCGCGGAUGUGAGCAUUGUAAAGCUCAGCAGCCUGCCUGCCUUCCUGCCUGUCACAAGCCAUGGCUGCCUUUCACUGGACACUUUUACUCUUUGCAGUGGCUUCCGCUUCUGUAGCCACUGCGGUCACAUUCUCGUCCCAGCGCUCUAAAAGAGGUGUGCUAGAGCUGGCGGGAAUGAUCCAGUGCAGUACAGGCAGAUCGCCUCUGGCUUACCUUUCGUACGGGUGCUACUGUGGACUCGGGGGCCAAGGCUGGCCCCGGGAUAGGACUGACUGGUGCUGCCACAAACAUGACUGCUGCUAUGACAGUGCUGAGCGCCAAGGUUGUCACACCAAAACCGACAGAUACGAUUGGACAUGUGAUGACGGGAAACCUGAUUGUGAUGAUUUGACGGACACGUGUGAGAGAUUCCUGUGCAAGUGUGACCGAGCAGCUGCCAAGUGCCUGAGAAAUUCGCCCUACAAAAGGAAAUACGCCCUGUGGCCAAAUUGGUGGUGUGGCAAUCACCAUCCAAUGUGUACCAUUUACUGACUCAAACAGAAAUUUAUACAAAUGGAAAAAAGACAAGGUUUAUAAUCAAUGAACACUAAAUAACAUGUCUUCACAGUGGUACUUCUAAACGCUUAAUUACUGAAUGAGACAUUCAAUGCCUUGUAGUAGUAGAAUAAUAGCUCUUUUGGCCAAGUGGGAACACAGUGAGUCAGCUAUUGGAGUAACGGGGUUUCUAUUUACAUUUUUAAAGACUUUGAUGAAUCACAUCAAGUAUGUUUUCCACUAUGUAACUGAAUGGAGUGACCGCAUAAGGCCUUAUGUGAAGUAGUUGGAUGGAGAAUGGGAAAAUGAACUUUUUCAAUAUUAAUGACUGACUAACCUUGUCUUAGUCUAGACUAACCUUAGUCUUUUACUGAAGUAAGCCUAAAACCCAUGAGAAAGGUAAGAACUAUUCAGCAAAAUCUGAACAGUUAAGCGGCAUGGAAAAUGAAUGAAUGAAUGAUUUUCGGGUGUAAAUUAUUUUGAGUUGAUCGUUCUUGAUUUGGGUCUCUGCUAUGGAACCUCAAAAGGGUCAAAAUUAAAGAAAUAAAAACAAAAUUUUGAAAUAAUUACCAUUAUGAUAAAUAACAGAAAAAUUCUGUAAUAUGGCCCUUAAAUUGUAAAAUAAGAUAUUAUUAUAAAAAAGAUUUUAGCGUUUUUCACAAAGUAUUUUUUUUUUUUUUCAUCACGCUUUUUCCCACAAUAGCCUUUUAUUUCAUAAUGUCGUUUUUCAGCACAAUGAUAUUAUACAAGAUAACGCGUUAUUUACAAAGAUUUUUUUUCAUAAUUUCUUUUUCUACAAAGGCCUGGGCUAGCGUUUGGUACCGUCUGGUCGUUAGCAUUUGGUAGCGCCGAUGAACUGUUAGGUAAACUUCCAAAAAGCAUCUAAUCAAAAACACACUGCUGCUGAAAUCCUCAUUCAGGCUGAAGUAAAGGCCUUUCGUUACUAUCCAAGCGGUUCGCAACUUCUAUGAGUAACUCUGAAAGUGAUGCUGCCAAAUGCUAGCGCAGCUAGCCAGACUAGCCAGAAGACAAUUCGUUGUGCUGUAAAAACGACAUUAGUAAAUAAAAAGGCCAUUGUGGAAAAAGACAUUAUGAAAAAAAUGACUUUGUGAAAAACACUUUUUAUCCUGUAAAAUCUCAAUGUGCUGAAAAAUGGCAUUAUAAAACAGGGCCAGUUGUAGGUAGGCAUGUAUGAGGGGAAAGUCAGAAAUGUGUAGGGGGCAUCAUAUGUGGGGCCCAGCGAGGCACUGGCGAGCAAGCAAAAAUUUUUUUUACCACUUAUCUGUCAUAAAAAAGUCAGAAAUAGUGCUUUAAACUAUGCAAAAUCAAACCACAAUACAAGUUUCUCAAAUAAAGUGACCCUUUUUUGUGGUUUUAAGCCAUCUGUAUUCAAAUCAAAAUUGGGACAUCCCUUGUUUAUAGUCAAUUCACCUCUGCUCAUCACUUUCCAUCUCUUUUUCACCUCUACCUGCACUCUGCUGCUCUACUUUUUUAUUGUUAACAUUUUUAUUGUUAACAUAACAUAAUAAUUUGAUUGUAUUGUUUAACAUCAUAUUUAGCUGUGUACGGCUGUGGACAGCCUUUUUCUCAUCGGGGGGAGAC